AUGUUUACAGGUGAAAACAUCCAAUUUCUUUAGUAAUUACAUUAGUUGAAGGAAAUAUGCAAGAUAGGAGAGGGUAGUUUUGGUAAAGUCUACAAAGCAAUAGAUUUAACAGACAAAUCUAUUUGUGCAGUCAAGGUAAUUCCAACAUAAAUUAAGAGGUUAUUUCGAAAAUAGUCUACAAUAGUACUACUCCUGAAUAGGAUAUCUAUUUGCAAUUGAAUCAUCCCAAUAUUGUGAGAUGCAAAAGAGUAUGAGUAAAAAAAUAUCUAUUAAGAUUUCAGAAAACAAAAAAUACUAUUAUAUAAUUAUGGAAUACAUGGAAGGAGGCACUUUAGCCUAGAAAAUGAAAGAGAAACAAUUGAAUGAUUAGGAGGCAGCAGUUAUCAUGAAAUCAAUUUUGGAAGGAGUGAAUUACCUGCAUGAUAGAUCAAUUAUCCAUAGAGACAUUAAACCGGAGAACAUCAUGUUGACAGGAACAAGUGUUAAAAUUGCUGAUUUUGGAUUGAGUUUUCGAUUCUCAACUAGCGAAGGCAAUUUUCAUAAAUUAUUGAAUAAAAAAUGUGGAACUAUUAUUUAUAUGGCACCAGAACAGUUUACUGAAAAAUAUGUAGAUUACUUAUUCUAACAUUUAUUUAGUACAGCAAAUAAGUCGAUGCCUGGAGUUGUGGAAUUAUACUUUAUAUGCUUUUACAUGGAGGAAUGCAUCCCUUUUAUAAUAAAGAUGACACCAAGUAUGAAUUCAUUAAGAAGAUCCUCAAUCCUUCGAUUGAUAUCCCAUUAACAAUAUCUCCUUUGGCUCAAGAUCUAUUCUUGAAAUUGAUAAAUGUCAACCCUAUCGACAGAUACAAUGUAAGUCAAGCCUUGAUGCACCCAUGGAUUACAAGGAAGUUUCAUGAAAAGAUUCCCCUCACUUAUUAAUAGUAAUUGGACUAAUUCUUAAAAGAAUAGCAAAUUCGAUAAGUAAGCAUGUACAAUUUAAUAUGAUAGUAAUUUAAGUUAUUAUUCUUCUUGCAAUAUAUCUAUCAUAAUUCGCCAAGAGCAUAAACCUUUUAAGAUAGUGUGAAAGAGGAAGGACAAGAGAAUUCAAUUCUUUAGUAAAAUCAAACAAGUGCAAGUCCAACUCAAAAUAAGUUUAAGAUCUUGCAGAUAAAUAACAAACAUAAAAAUUAAUGCCACACCACUCCUAGGACGGAUUGUUAGGGAAAGUUUCUAGAUUUUUCAUUAACAUAAAAAACUAAUUUUAAGAAAUCUAUGGAAAAUAUUUUGGUAUUUGAAAAGGAUAAAUGCGAAAAAAGUUAGAAUUUUUCAGCAAGAUCUUUGAAACAGAAAUCCACUCAAAUGAUUAACAAAUAUUUUAUACCAACUUCAUUCUAAGAGUCUUUUGGAGUUCCUAAUAAAAUGAAACUUAAAUCACACAAAAGAGUACUACCUCCAUUAAAAACAAAAUGA